GUUAAUGAUCUUAACUGAAUUGAACUUAACCUGGUAAUACAAACAAUAGGACCAAGGUGGGCCGCUUGGAACUUAGGCAUCUUCUUAUGCAUCCGAUGCGCCGGUAUUCACCGCAAUCUUGGUGUCCACAUAUCACGUGUCAAGUCUGUCAACCUGGACGCCUGGACACCCGAACAGAUUGCUUGCAUUCAAAAUAUGGGUAACUCUAAGGCUAGGGCUGUAUAUGAGGCCAACCUUCCGGAUAACUUCCGGCGCCCGCAGACCGACUCAACUCUCGAAGCGUUCAUUAGAGCUAAAUAUGAGCAGAAGAAGUACAUCGCAAAGGAAUGGGUCGAACCUCCGCCCCCUAAACCAGCCUUUGAUAUCGAAGAAGAAUUGCGUAAAGAAAAGGAGAAGAAACGACAUAAGAAUAGGACAUUUCCAACCCCUGGAAGCGCUCUUGAAGUUCAGGUCCGCCAACCCUCUGCCCCGUCCCAACUCAACUGCUGUGACAACAACUGCUAUAAGUGCUGACAAAAUCAUACAAAAGAC